AAUCCCUCAAUUUGCAACUUGAAACGCACAACUGUCUUCUUUAUGAGCAGUAGAAUAUAAAAAGCUAAAAAGGGGAAUUAGAAACAUCCUUCUCCUUCUAAAGACCUAAAAUACCCUUUCAAUCUUAACUCGUCAAGAUUCCAACUUGAUUUGGGUUCUCUUUGCUGUAUUUAAAUUUUGCUUCAAGAAAGCAGUGGACAUUGAGAAAUCAACCACUACUAUAAGGGUGGCACUUUUGAUUUGUGGGAUAGUAGCAGAUUUUGUUUUGGCAAAGAAGAGUUGAAGAUGGAGGAUUGGGUCGGCACAUCUUUUUUUCAGAGGAUGUGCAAGUUCCACCUCUCCUUUCAAAAGAGCAGCCUAAAAAUAAAUGGGAUGAUGAAGAUGUGGAUGAAGAUGAUGUGAAAGAAUCGUGGGAGGAUGAAGAUGAACCAGCUCCGGUCCGGGAACAACAUACACAGCUAUUUAUGGAAAAUGGCACCUGUAGUGAAACCUCCUCCUGAAAAGGUUCCUAAGAAGUCCGCAGCAAAGUCUACCGAAAAGAAGGGAAAAACUGUUCAGGUGCUGAAGGAAGAGAAACUAGAUCCACUAGCUGAGAAACUUCGCCAGCAAAGGCUGGUGGAAGAAGCUGAUUUCAGAUCCACUACAGAACUGUUUGCUAAGAAAGGUGAUGUGAAAUCGCUUGAUAGUUUCAUACCAAAAUCUGAAAGUGACUUCUUGGAAUAUGCAGAACUUAUUUCACAUAAGCUUCGCUCAUUUGAGAAAAGUUACCAUUAUAUCGGUUUACUUAAGGCAAUAAUGAGACUGUCCAUGACUGCCAUGAAAGCUGCAGAUGCAAAAGAAGUUUCGGCCUCUGUUAGUGCAAUUGCAAAUGAAAAGAUAAAAGCUGAGAAAGAAGCCACCGUUAGCAAAAAGAAGCAAGCUGGGAAGAAAAAACAGCUUCAUGUUGAUAAGCCCGACGAUGAUUUGGUGGUUAAUCCCUAUGAUGCUCUUGAUGAUGUUGAUUUUAUGUAAUCUGUUUUGGUAAUAGGCAUUACAUUGUUGGGCUCAUUGCGUUUCAUCAGAAUCACAUUUACACCAUGAUUGAUGAGUGAGUGGAUGAUGUAUACAAUGUUGUUAGAAGAAAACUUUGCAUUUUUGCCUUUGUUUUCAGCUGUUUAGUUAAAACCCUUGAAAGACAAGGACUGAAUGUCUUUAUACUCGUUUGUAUGGAGGUAAAAGUAAAGUUGAAAUAAGUAAAGACACUGCAUGGUUCUCACA